AUGGGGAGUCGAGUGCGUAAUUCUUUCCCUGCCAGUACAAAGCCUCUGCACUAUCAAGACUCCUACAGUGCCUCCCCGUGGCAAUGCAUGGAUACUGAGGGCAUUCACCUCAGGCUGAUCUGUCGGAGUAUCAGGGACCCCAGAGAUGCAGUGUAUGACUUGGGAGAGCCAAAGGCUAUGGGAGUAAACCCAGAAAGAAAAUCCGGGGAGAAGGAGCUCGUUAGCAUUGGGUUGCAAUCAUCUAUGGGAAGGACAACCCAGAAAGAAAACCCGGGCCAACAGAGUGGAGACUUGAGCCAAAACUCAGGCAAUAUGACAUCUUCUACGAGAUUGAUUAAAAGUCUUCUAAGGCCGAAAGAAAAACUUCGUGUUGGAGCAUGGAAUGUUCGCACGAUGUACGAAACAUCAAAGACAGCACAAGUUGCUGAUGAAAUGCAGAGAUACAAGUUAGAUAUGCUUGGAAUAAGCGAAUGCAGAUGGAUUAAAUCAGCAAAUCACCAAACACUGCUUGAAUGGGAACCAAUUAGUGAUAGAUUAAUUAGAGCAAGAUUCAACUCCAAGUACUGUAAACUGACGAUCAUACAAUGCUAUGCACCAACAAAUGAUGCCGAAGAAGAAGUGAAAGAUGAAUUUUACGAGCAGCUACAGAUGGUUGUCUCCAAAGUCCCCCGGCAUGACAUGCUACUGAUAAUGGGAGACAUAAAUGCAAAAGUGGGUUCUGACAACACUGACUGUGAGAAAUCUAUGGGCAAACAUGGCUGUGGAAUUAAGAAUGACAAUGGAGAGCGCUUCAUUUACUUCUGUCUCAACAACAAACAAACGAUAGGAGGCACAAUAUUUCCUCACAAGGAUAUACAGAAGCUCACGUGGAAAUCUCCAGAUGGUAGAAUAACAAACCAGAUUGAUCACAUAACUGUAAACAGCAAAUGGCGCUAA